UACCUAGUUCUUCCACGCAUGCCCUGUCAAUUUCAUCCACAAUCCUCGGAAAAAUCAUUUGGGGGGAUUAAACUCGAUCGCCCUCGCGCCGCGUAGGCCAAUGCGCAAGGAAGAAUGCAUGUUGUUGCUUGUUAUGAGUUCGUAGUCGGUCACCGCGCCCAACGAUGACUGAGCCACUGUGUUAAACCGGAAGUGGCGGAAGCCAACACUAGUGUUACAAAUGUCGAUCAUUCGUUCUCCCAGUGUUAUUUCUAGUGCACUCCACUAUCUGAUAAUAAUCUCCCGCAUUGUCUCGGAUUAUCUCUCAGUUAUCAGUUUCGCGUGAAGCAUGGACGAGGGAACACUCAACGACCUCCUGGAAUGCUCGGUAUGCCUGGACCGCCUGGACACCUCCAGCAAAGUGCUGCCCUGCCAGCACACCUUCUGCCGGAAGUGCCUCCAGGAGAUCGUCCACAAGCACAAGGAGCUGCGCUGUCCCGAGUGCCGGAUCCUCGUCAGCUCUAAAGUGGACGAUUUGCCCCCGAAUGUGCUCCUCAUGAGGAUCCUCGAAGGGAUGAAGAACAAUGCCGUGCCCAAGAAACAACAAAGAGCGCCGAGGAGCAUCCAAGCACCUGCUGUGAAUCACACGCCGGUGCAUCAGCAGCAUGGAACGCCGGAUAGGAAGAUCAACAACAAGACGAGUCCGCAAUUGGUGCUUCAUCAGCCCUACGCCAAAGCUCUCUACGAUUACGAACAAAAGGAAGCGGGCGAUUUGAGUUUUAAACGUGGCGAGGUAAUACUUCUGAGAAAACGAAUCGAUGCUCACUGGUAUCAAGGAGAAUGUGGCGGAAAACAAGGUCUAUUUCCUCUAAGUUAUGUCCAGAUCAUAACUCCUUUACCUAGUCACAUUCCUCAAUGUAAAGCCCUCUACGAUUUUCAAACUGACAAACACGAGGAAGAAGGAUGUCUCACAUUCAAAGAAGGAGAUAUAAUCAAUGUUAUAAGAAGAGUAGACGAAAAUUGGGCUGAAGGAAAACUCGACGGAAGAAUUGGAAUUUUUCCUCUUACUUUCGUAGAACUGAAUAGUUUAGCACGUUCACUCAUGAAACUAUCAACAAAUGCACAACCUGGACCUUCAAGGGUUGCUCCUCCGACGCCUACAACCGAAGAUAGCACUCCAUUGAUACCAACGGAUCACUCGAGAACAAUAGUGCCACAACAACAAACGCAAAAUCAACAACUUUUCGUCCAACAAACACCAGUCCAUCAGGGUUUAGCAACGUCCGAUUCGAGCUCCACCGUUAGCUCAGGGAGCUCCUCGACCACAACACCGAACGUGUCUUCCAGCAACACUUCUUCUAAUUCGAGUACUGCGCCCUCUUCGCCGGCCUCCCCGCCGCCUCGGACACAACCGCCACUGGCCCGUACCCUAGUCCAGAAGCCAGAUCUUUUGCUGAAUUCUCCGGCUUGUAGUACGCCUCAGCGGUCUCCAAACACCGCUACAAGCCACUCCGAUAACCGCUCUUCGUCUCACCAGCAUAACAAAGAGAAACGUCACAGUUUCACAAGUCUGACCCCCGGCACAUUCAACAAAAAUACUCAUCGCCAUUCUGCCGAAAUUGUGACUUCUGAGAUUGCAUCUCCUAGUAGCCACGGCCACAAAAGGCCUUCAAACGAGGACGAGAUCAAAUUACCAGCUCCGUACGUGGCCUUGUACCCCUACAAGCCACAAAAGGCCGACGAGCUGGAAUUGCGUAAGGGCGCCAUCUACAUGGUGACCGAACGGUGUCAGGAUGGCUGGUACAAGGGCACCUCGAAUCGUACUCAGAAGUGCGGUGUUUUUCCGGGGAAUUAYGUGGCGUACAUGUCAAAGGCGUCGUUGAGUUCAUCUGAUGCGAAAGUUGCCGUAAGUUUUACAAGGAGUGGUAAAAGUGUGUCUUCGCCACGCCAAACCUAUAACACUUUACCUCCUGAGUUGCCGCCACGUUCUGUUAGUCCUGCUACUGCAACAAAUACUAUUUCGUCCAGCUGGCAUGGACAGCAAGAUAAUGCCGCCGUGCCUCUGGGACGUAGUAGUAGCGCUGUUAUGUCCAGUGUGAAUACGACACAUCUGAGUUUGGGUAGUGCGACUGUUGCAAAGCCUGCAGAUAAGCAGUGCAAGGAUCGUAAGGAAAAGGGUACUGUUGGUUUAAUGCGUAGACUUACUAGCAUUAAACGAUCCAAAUCACCACCCCCAUCUUCAUACUCUAUGGAUAAUCCUGUCUUUGAAGAUUCAGUUAGUGUUGCUACUGCUCAUCCUGUACAUGUCAGGUCCGGAUCAUGCCCGAGUCAACUGCUGCAAAUUCAACCUGUCGAACACCACCGCCUUUUCGGUUCGACUUCCCAACGUUUAAAACACAAAGAACGUCCCAGUGUUCUCACGCACAGCCUAAGAACAGAGAAUCCGGCCGGAAGCUCAAACUCAAGUCCGGACAUCCAUCACCAUCGAAAAUCCAACUCUCUCGACGCGGGAAAUCGCACAAAAACAGGGGUGCAAACGGUCCAUGAACUGUUCCGUUGCGAAAUUCCCUAUCCGCCGAAUAGCGAGUACGAAUUGGAGUUGCAAAAGGACGAUCUGAUUUAUGUCCAUAAGAAGAGGGAGGAUGGGUGGUAUAAAGGGACGUUGCAAAGGACGGGGAGGACGGGAUUGUUUCCUGCUAGUUUUGUUAAACCGGCUUGAAACAAAUUUUGGUGUUGUAAUUGUAAUUUAAGGCCAAAGGUUGUUAUAGCCGUAAUAACCAAAUAAAGUUGUGUUUUAAUAGCUCAAUUAAUUGUGUCCAUAUAACCAUGACUUUUACUCUAGAUUUUUUCGCCAUAACUAGUUGAAAUUGUAAAUAAGAACAAAACCAAGUUUAAAAUUGUAUAUUGGUAUUUUUUUAGGUGUAGUUAUGAAGCGUUUGGUCAUUUAAAACGUAUAGAUUGAAUAGGAUACAUCAUGUGUUCAAGAAUAUGUAUUUACUUUGCGAUUAUUAACAUUAUUUAUUUAAAUUUGUUACCUAAAGACUUUAUUCAUUGGGGUGGAGGAUUUUUAUCAACAUAUCACGAUUCCGUCACUUUUUUGAAUCGUUUUUAAAUUAAUCUAAUUUUAAUUUUCAUGAAUAAAUAAUGACUGAUUGUGAAAGAAUGCGUUGACAUUUUUAUUAAUGUGCAUUAACAAAAUAUUGUAAAUUGAAAUGUAUUCUGAUAUAUUACAGUUAAUUGCAAUUUU